UCAACUAUUAUUAUUAUUGAAUCAUAUUCACAAGAAGUUAGAAAUGUGUUCAAUUGAAAAAAUUUUAGUGUCAAUAGUUUUGUUCAACAUUUUGCGAUUGGAAACAUAUCUUUGUGCAAAAAACAAUAGCAAGAUCAUAAUGGAGGAUGCCAAGGAAAAUUACAAAUUUUUGAUAACCGGCGGUUAUCGUCCGAAGAUAGAUAAUUUGGUAAAAUAUGUUGUCUCCAUACGAGGAAGCAAUCACAGAUGGUUUUUUGGAGAUGAUCACAAAUGUGGCGGCUCCAUAAUCUCACCCAAAGUUAUUCUGACCGCAGCUCAUUGUGUUUGUAUGAUCAAUAGCCGAAUAGAAUUGAGACCGUCCGAUUUAUUGGUAGUAGCUGGAACUCCGAGGCGCUUAGUAGCCACUGAAAAAACACAAAGGAUUAAUCUGCAAAUCAACAUAUUGCCUCCGUAUACCUUAUGCACCAUCCUUGGAUGGGGUCGAAUUUUUACCUUGGGUCCAAUACCAGAUUUAAUAUUACACGCUGAUACUUAUAUUUUGCCAACCGAAAUCUGUAAAGUUAGUUAUAGACACUUUGGUUUUGGCAUGAUGUGUGCUAGGGAUGAGACUGAUUUUGAGAAAGAUUCGUGCACUGGUGAUUCAGGUGGUCCGCUGAUAUGUAAUGGAUAUUUAACGGGUAUUGUAUCAUUUGGAUUUGGCUGUGGUUUACCCUACCGUGCUGAUUAUUAUACUAAUGUGACUUCGUAUCUUGAUUGGAUUCGUGAGAAUGGAUUCAGUAAAUUAAGCUCUGUAAACUUUAUCUUGCUAAUUGUCUUACAAGUUUUCAUAAUAGAAGGAAUGUGA